AUGAAGGAAAAUAAGAUCACGGCGGGCAUCAAGUCCAUACGGUUUGGAGGAUAUCUCCGCUUACUCACACGUGCCGGCCCUACCACUCUCGACUACCUCCUCCUCCUAGGUGGUGUUGUCUUUGCCAUUGCAGCAGGUGUACCAUUUCCACUGCUCGGCAUCCUCUUCGGCCAGCUUGUUGAUGAUCUCAAUUCUUCCUCGUGUAGUGAUUCGCAGGCUGGAAGCAAUGGCCAGGUCAGCAGCGCCGUCACUCAGAAGGUUCUUUAUGUCGUCUAUGUUACCAUCGCCAACUUUUGCUUCAUUUACAUCCAUACGGGAUGUUGGAGCUGGUUCGGCGAGCGUCUUGUUCGUCGACUGCGAGAUGAGUACUUCCAGAGUCUUCUAAGACAGGAGCUCGCCUUCUUUGAUGAAAGACCUGCCGGGGAUGUGUCUUCACGUCUCACUACCGAUCUAGACACCAUCCAGGCCGGAACGUCAGAAAAGGUCGGCAUUGUGAUAGCGACCGUCUCGUACUUUGUCGCCUCCUACAUUGUCUCCUUCAUCAAAGAUUCAAAGCUGGCUGGAAUACUUGUUUCUCUGGUGCCCGCAUAUUUUCUCAUGACCUUCAUCGGAACACACUUCAUCAAGAAGUAUUCAGGGGCUGUGUCAACAUCCAUCGCCUCCGCCACGUCUAUCGCCUCCGAGAGUUUGUCAAGGAUCUCACUUGUGCAUGCUUUCAACGCAAACUCUCGACUGGAAGCGAACUUCCUAAAGCAUCUCAGUGAUGCCCAGAAGGCUGGAUAUAAAAAAGCUGUUACUGCCGCUACUCAGCUUGCACUGCUCUACUUCAUCGCAUAUUCGACUAACGCCGUUGCAUACUGGCAGGGAAGUCGUACCAUAGCAGCAGAUGUAGACGAGAAUGGUACUUCGUCAUCCGUCGGCGCUGUCUAUACUGUCAUCUUCUUGCUUGUUGAUGCCUCUUUCAUUCUGAGUCAGGUGGCUCCUUUCCUGCAGAUCUUUGGUAGCGCCGUCGCGUCAUCCGAGAGUCUGCACGAAACCAUCAACAGGCCAUCCAAGAUCGACGGCACCAAUCCUGACGGCGGCCAGAGCAUCUCAUCAGUGAAUGGAGACAUCCAAAUACGUGAUGUAGACUUCACCUACGUGUCACGCCCUGGAGUCCAAGUCCUGAAGAAGCUGUCAUUAAAUAUCCCCGCGAACAAGCAUACCGCUAUCGUCGGUCAAUCCGGUAGUGGGAAGUCUACCCUCGCAGCUUUGAUAACUCGGCUUUACGAUCCAGACUCAGGUACGAUCACUCUAGAUGGCAUCGAUCUCAAGCAUCUGAACGUUUCAUCACUCCGUGGCUCCAUUGGUACUGUGCAGCAAGAUCCAUCUCUUUUCGACCGCUCCGUACUCGAAAACAUCGCGUACGGUCUCUUGUGUGCUGCUGAUCGAGACUCACCCAUCAACAAGGCAUUGCUUGACUCUAGCCUUCCAGACUUGGUCAAAGCUGUACAAGAUGGCUCCGACUGGGAUACUGCCAUCAAAGCUAGCACCCCUGUUGUUACUGAAAUCGUACGGAAAGUCAGGGAUGCGGCUGCGGCUGCAGAUGUUCUGCGCUUUGUAGAUGGUCUUCAGCAUGGUCUCGCGACAUCUGUUGGCCAUGUCGGAGGCAGAUUGAGUGGCGGCCAAAAACAAAGGAUCGCUGUUGCUCGCGCUGUCGUUCGAAACCCUCGCAUUCUUCUUUUGGACGAGGCUACAUCAUCACUCGAUUCUCGCAGUGAGCAAUCAAUUUUAAAAGCUCUCGAAAAUGUGUCACAGGGAAGGACCACUAUCGCCAUUGCCCAUCGUAUUUCUACAAUCAAAAAAGCCGAUAACAUCGUUGUCAUGAAACACGGAGAGCUCAUUGAACAAGGCAGCCAUGCCGAGCUCAUGGCAUAUAAUGGCAUCUAUGCGAGCAUGGUUCGUCUUCAGGAAGUUGGAUCUGGUGACGUUGACACAACUUCUGCACGCACAUCCAUGACAACUUUGCGCGCUGACGAGGUCAAUGUGAAGUCUGACGAGGAAGCAAAGUUUGUCGAUAGCAAAGAGGCCGUACCUGAUACCUUAGAAGCAUCGUCACAGGAGGAGGCUCCACUGGAUGAGAAGGUGGCGGAAACCAGCAACAAGAAGCAGAAGAAGGAUAAGAAGAAGAAAGAGAAGACGAUCCUUCCCCUUGGUGCUACUCUUCGUGGGGUGGGACGACUCGUGCGGCCCCAUCUACUCUGGGCAUUUAUCGGCUUUACAGGUUCCAUCAUUGUUGGAGGCUCAUACUCUGGUGAAGCUGUAAUCUUUGGACACACUAUAUCGGCGUUAAGUCCGUGCCAAGAUGGUAACACUAUCAGAAGUCGUGGUAGCUUUUUCGCUCUCCUAUUUUUCGUCCUUGCUGUUGUCGAAUUCUUCGCCAAUUUGGUCAGUGGAUCAUUAUUCGGAAUGGUAUCGGAGCAGGUCCUUCUCAAGGCUCGGCAAGCAUCGUUCCAUACGGUUUUGAGGAAAGACAUCACAUGGCACACUACCAAUGACCGAAACUCUGCAACGCUCCUUGCAUACAUCACGACCGACACCAAUGCCGUUGCAGCUUUGACAGGAACAACGUUGGGUGUCUUAUUUGCAGUCACCAUCAACUUUGUUGCAGGAAUCAUUCUCUCCAAUAUCAUAGCCUGGAGGAUUAGUCUAGUACUCAUGGCUUGUAUACCUGUUCUCUUAGGAUCCGGGAUAAUGCGCAUUCGUGUGCUGGCUCAGUUCCAAGAGCGCCAUCAGAAGGCCUUUGCACAAGCUACCUCAAUCACUGUCGAGGCGGUGAACUCAAUCAGAACGAUUUCGCUGUACUCUUUGGAGAAGGUGACUCAUGGAGUCUAUCGAAGGUCGCUCUCAGAGCCAUACAAAGCUACCGUCAAGUCUAUCGCCUACAGUAACGUCUGGCUUUCUACUGCGUACAGCGUUAGCAACCUGGUCUACGCACUUGGGUAUUGGUGGGGCACCAAGAACAUCGUUGAGGGUCGCUACUCGCAAACUCAGUUCUUCAUCGUCCUCCCAGCUUUGUUAUUCAGCGCACAGUCUUGUGGUCAACUAUUCGCUUUGGCUCCUGACUUUGCUCGCUCCCGAGUCGGCGCAGCACGAAUACUUGACCUCAUCGGCCUAGGCAAUAAAAAGAUCAAUGGCCCCCUCGACCCCGCGGUCGACCCUCACUGCUACUCUCAUUCAAAGAACUCAGGCGAUACUGAAAAGACUCCAGGCGCAUCAUCAUCCGACCAUACACCUUCCACACAGAGCGGCGUGGGCAUCAAGAUUCAAGACGCUGUCUUUGCAUACCCUAACCGCCCUGACUCCAUCAUUCUCAAGGGUCUCUGCCUCGACAUCAAACCCGGCCAAUUCUGUGCCCUUGUAGGCCCCUCAGGCGCUGGAAAGUCCACCAUAAUAUCACUCAUUGAGCGCUUCUAUGACCCAUCUUCUGGGACUGUAGAAGUGGACGGGCGGAAUCUUGCCCUGCAGCAUGGUACGGACUUUCGCAACGAUAUCGCCAUAGUACCUCAAGAAAGUGUACUGUUUGAAGGGAGCGUCAGGUUCAAUCUGAGUAUCGGCGCAAGCCCAGGUCACGAGGCGAGUGACGAGGAGAUCGAAGCUGCGUGCAGGUUGGCGAAUAUUCAUGAUACCAUUGCAGCGUUACCAGAUGGCUACGACACACGCUGUGGGCCCAAUGGUACGGCUUUUUCAGGUGGUCAAAAGCAACGCCUCUCCAUCGCGCGUGCUCUGGUCCGUAAGCCCAGACUACUACUACUUGAUGAAGGUACGAGUGCGCUGGAUGCGGAGAGCGAAAAACUGGUGCAGGACGCUCUGGAGAGGGCGGCGCGGGGCAUCACGGUAGUUGCGAUUGCGCAUCGUCUGCGCACAAUUGAGCGUGCGGAUCGGAUCUUUGUGAUCGAGGAGGGUGUUUGCACAGCAAGUGGGACACACAGAGAAUUAUUGGAGAGCAGUGAGACGUACAAGGUGAAUGCCUUGCAUCAGACACUGGAUAGAAAGGAGGAUGCAGACGAUACACCUGCUCAAGGGCCGUCAAGCACGUAA